AUGUGGAUCGCCUGGCAACACAUGGAGCGGCCCUGGGUGGGAACGGAGUUGCCCUGCGACAAGGAUGACAGAGCCCUCUUCGCGACUGCAAUGAGCGUCGCGAUUGGCAAUGAAAGGACUGCUUCCUUCUGGCACUCCUCCUGGACAUGGUCUGGUACACUUGCCCAGCAGUUCUCCUCCCUACUCAAGCAUUCGCGGAGAAAGAACAGGAUGGUUAGGGAAGCGUUGACGGCGGACACAUGGAUUGCAGACCUUGCCCAUGGUCAAACUCAAGACCUGCUGCCCGCGUUCCUUGCCAUGCACAGAACCAUUGCGAAUACAGCAAGGGAGCUGGUGGACGACGCGGACGACACGAUCACCUGGAGGAGUCUGGGAGAUACUCUGCACGUUCAGCCUACACCAUGCAAUUCUUGGGAAGGGAUGAAUCAACACUCAACGGAGGCAUCUGGAAGGUCUGGGCGCCCGGGAACAUAG